AUGCUGGCUACAGUGGGAGCAGACUUUGACUUGAGAACUCUGAGGGCAGUACGGGUUCUGAGGCCACUGAAACUGGUGUCUGGAAUCCCUAGUCUUCAGGUGGUUCUGAAGUCCAUCAUGAAAGCCAUGGUGCCUCUGCUGCAGAUCGGUAUGCUGCUCUUCUUUGCUAUCCUCAUGUUCGCCAUCAUCGGCCUGGACUUUUACAUGGGCAAGUUCCACCGGACCUGCUUCAGUACUGAUACAGGUGAGCAGGCAGCAGAGUUCCCCUGUGGUAUGGAGGCUCCAGCGAGGACCUGUGAGAAUGGCACUGU